AUGCUCCCAGAUGGCCGCAGCGUCUCCCCAACGGCUGGGGCUCCGUCCCCUCUGGAAAGUCCCAAAGCGUCAUUCGAGGAGUUUGCCGUUCUGUACUGCCAGCGCAGGCACCGUGAGGUGCUACGGAGGUACCUGGAACAGCGACUACGAGCUACCAGGGUUUCCAUAGGUCUGUCUGCGCGCCUCCUGCGGGUUGGAACUGCGGUCCAGAAAGGACUAGUGGACGGUUUCAAACAUGGCGACAAAGCCAAUUUCAUGGUCAUCUACAACACCAUCCACGAGAUCCAGGAGUCUUUCAAUUCUGCCUCCCGCCGCCUGCUCCAUCGACAGGACCCGUUGGAAGGGAAUCCUCUGGCCUUGGAUUCGGAAAGCAACCAUUCCCCCAGCUUCUUGCAUCAGCUGAGUCCCAAAUCAAGGAGCGAUCUCCUUGAGAUUUUGAAUUUGGUUCGUACGGAUCCGCAGUUUUUGUUCGAAAGGAUCAGCAGCCUCACGCCUUCCCGACUCUCGGCCCUCGUCUCGUCGGCCACGGCACUCGAGGGCGGUGAUUCCGUCUUUGCAUCCCGAACUAGGAAUCAGUUCUUGUUUUCUAAACGCACCACUACCCAAUCUCUCCCUUACAAAGACCAUGCUUUGGCCUUUGAGCGGACAGAUGCUCUGUCCGCUUUGCUUUUCAACGUAUUCGCCCCUUCUCUGAAUUCUGAUUCUGCCGAGUCCCGCUUGCGUCUGGAUGUUUGGUCCUCCACGUGCGCCAAACUUCUCUCCCAUGGAGGCAGUAAACACCAUUCUUUCGUGGGAUACAUCCUGUCCUCAUGGAGCCUGUGCAGCCACUGGAAGAUUAAACCCAAAUUUGAGCUUUACCUCAUGGAUGUCCUGCAGAAAGGUGCCUUCCUUUUGGAGAAUGUCGAAAGCCCCUUGGGGCUCAGCUUCGAUGCUGAGCCGCCAGAUCCCUUCCGGACCGAUGCCGCUGAGGAGUUCUUUGAAUCAGCCGUGGAGACCCUGUUCGAAAUCCUGGAUAACCCUGAAGGGGGUUUCCCGCACGGUACCUUGGAAAUGGGAAGAGCCAUCUUUGGAAAGUUAACCGUACCUGAAACCCGGGACCGCUUUCUCGACUACAUGCUUGUGCAGUGGUUCUUUUCCAAGUUCUUGCACAAUGCACUAUGCUAUCCAGAGACUCACGGUCUUCUACUCGACUUUCACAUCAGCAAGGAUGCCCGGGAGAAGCUUUUGGGACAGAUUGGACUCCGGGCGCAGUCUCAGGUCUUCAGGGUCCUCCAUUCGUUGCCUCAAUUUUCGAUGGCUCGUCCUAGUAUCAGACAGCAUGUAGACAGCAUGAUCUCCUGGUUUGAUCGCAGCAGUCCAAAGGCCCAUCCCGAACUGGAUAGCGACCCCUCGGCGAACGGUGCUUUCAAUUGCUUUGAGCCUUCCCCGAGCCUACCUUCGCCAUUCCUGAUCCUCUCUGCCGCGGAUAUCCUCACUAUUCUGAACGCGCUCUUCCCCAAGUCCAUCUGCGCGUCCUUUGAAUCUUCCUCGCCCUCGGGAAUGUCCUCGUUUUCCUUUAGUCCGCCUCAGUCUCACAGUGGCCGAACUAGCCGGAUUUUUGAGUCGCAGCUUUUCCAAGGAAGAAUUGAUGCUUUGUCGUCCCAACCCGCAACUACCAGGACGGUAUUUUCUCCCGAUGUAACAAGGGCGAAUAGUCUCGCAAGCGAUUCGACAUGUAGCCUGGUAUCGCAGCCGCGAUGCCCGCUAAGCCAGAAUGUGGACCGUAUCCGCUUCGAACUUGAAUCGGAUGACCGUCCCAGUUUGGAUCACCCUAUGGCAGAGGACUGGGCAGUCCUUCUUGUCACUCACAAUGGCAGGUCUCUCAACUGGGUAGUGUCCCAUGAGGACGACCCCGAAAACGACCAUGUGUCGGAUGACGGUGCUAGAUCGACGACUAUAGGAUCAGAGGAGAACUAUGAGGCCCUGCAGACGGCUAUAGUCAAGCUUGUACACGAAGAGGAAGCCCUGAAUCGCUCGAGCUAUGGCUCGUAUUUCUACCCUCAACAGAUGAUCCCCUGCCCUUUGAAACAACGAUUUGACAAUGCACUGUCUCUCUGUCAGCAGCAGGCUGACUUCAUCGGCGCUCAUUACUGGUGGAAUGCGUCGCGACAACUACGCCGUGGAGCCGCGAAAUUCUCACCACAUCCUGUCAAUGAUUCAUGGAUCCUUCAACCACUAGUUACAUCUUGUAAGCGGUCGCUGGAAUUGUCCUGCUCAAUCAUCGAGCGCUGCGAAAGCAGCUUUGUCAUGCUCGACCGCACCCUGGACCAAUUGCAGACAAAAAUGAAAGAAAUGACGAAGGAUUUGGCCAGACUCCGCAACAAGAUGUGGUACAUGACCGACGUCAAGAAUUCGAUGAGAUACGAAGACGCGAAGCAUGUGGCUCUUGCAUUAAAGACGAUGGUAUACUCGGCAAGUCUGCAGAGACACUCUUCAAAUGAGCACCGUGGUCGAAACGGUGCCAGAUCAUUGGCGGGGUCUUUCUUGCAGAAGCCAGAAGUACAGGUUAUGAACGUGAUGAAGGCACCAAGCAGCCAAGGUGGCCCGAACAAACUGUCUGAUGAACAAGUCGAUCUAACUAGAAAAUGGCUGACGCAUCACGGUAUUGACAAUUUCUGCAAGGGCGAAGAAAGAAUACAUCGCUUCUGCUAUGAGGUGAAGUCGAGCAUCAACAGACUCAUUGGAGAUACUAUGUCGGAGGCUCCCGUCCUGUGGUCCAGUGAGCUAUUCCAGAAGGAGCGCGCGAAGUAUGAGACAUCUUCAGUUCGAGGAUAUCCUGGGAUUUCUGCUGCCACGGGCGUUCGGCCGUCUAGUAUAGCUAGUGAAGAUGCACUCUACGCCUCGCAGACUUUCGGCUUGAGUCGCGUAUCUGAGGCUUUCUCACGACCCUACAAUGAUGCGCCUUCUUUGGCUCGCAAGUCGUCAUUCCAAAGCCUGGCUUCCGAUAAAUGGAGAGCGCCCAGAGAUGCCGGAGCCACCGACACUUCGUCCAUCGGGGAUUCGCCGGGGAGGACGGCGUCCAGCUCCACAGCUGAUACUUACAGCACCUUCUGGUCGGCACCGCACACGCAAGCGCAGUCCGCGGCCAGUGCUUCCAGUUUUCAGUCUCGCCCGCCUUCGAUGUUCAGCGACACGGUGCCGCCUCCACGUCGAAGUGAGCGCAACAUCCACGGCAAGAGCGUUUUUCUCGAUGAAUUGAGACAGACUUUGACUAGUCUUCUCCUCAGUGACCUGGGUUCCCCCGUCUGGAGUUGCGGAAGUGAGACGGAUGCGUGGUUUACCAACUGUUUGAAUCAGAAGCGAAUCCAGGUGCAGAUGGCCAAGCGGGCAAGAAUCCGGAAAUUCUUGGACGAAUGUGAUUCUGCUUCAAACCGUGAUGAAAUUGAAAUGGGCGCAGAUCGAUAUGUAGGGCGUCGGCGGAGUAGAUCCGUGGGCCCUAUCAUGUCCAGACAACAUACGCCUGUGGCGCCAACACCGAUUGCUCAGGAGUCCUCUGUCAGUCAAGACGAAGCUGAGAACUCGAGCUUCCCUUAUCGCACCGCCUUUUUCCAGUUGAUAGAGUCCUUCUCACGACAUGCCAACCCUUUUGUCAAGCUGAAGGCUCUUCGCGACUUAAGAACACUUGUCAUCGCCUCCCUCUGUAAUUCUGCUGAAGACCGAUUAAAUGCUAAGAGCAGCGCUCUUGGGCAGGCGAAAAUGUCAGAUCUACAGCAGAACCGUUCCCUACGCUACAGCUUUUCACAGCCCUGGAGGCUCCGCUACUCCCCUGAAAGUCUGGCACAGGCGCCUAGCUCACCUGUCGCUGGCUCUUCUUUUAGCUCCCGACAAUCCGACCAUCUCUGUCCGACGGAGAGCGAGAUUGUUGAUACCCUGCGGACGCUAUUGCAAGAUAUCCAACCAAAGACGCUUUUUAGGGACUUGCAGUUUGUAUCUGCUUUUGUUCCCAGCGAAAUUCUGAACAAGACCGAAAGCGGGACCGCUUUUCUACAUUUCGGACUAGCAGCCCUCAGUCUUAAAGACGAGGUCUGUAACAGUAUGGUGGAGAUCGCCGACAAAAUUGUUUCUCAAGAGCUUAGUCGACGCCACCCUCCGCAUAGUUACGAAUACCACAGGCCUGGCCAUGCCAUCGAAGAUGCGGCCGCGAUGUGGAUUAUAACAGCCAAGGAGGGCAACCCCGUUGCUCAACGUGAGCUUGCCAUUCUCUACUUAACGCACCCGGAGCUUCUGCCGAGGGUUACUCUCCCUCUAACCUUGCCUCGCGACACAUUCAAGGCAGAGAUGAUGUACCGACGUGACAAGGAUCCCAAGUCGGAUCCGCAAAGUAUGUGUUUAGCGCUGCACUGGAUGCAGCUAUCUGCCAACGGUGGCGAUGAGUUGGCGCGAAACAGGCUGAGAGAGAGAGAAGAGUUUGAUUCCAUUGCUUAA